UGAAGUAAACACACAAACAAACAUAUUUGGAACAUCUAAAUUUCUGUUGGGACCUGUUACCAAAUUAUAAGUUAAUUAAAUAUCUAUGAAAUGUACGUAUUAAGUAUAUUAUUUUUUCACUCAACGUGUAUUACUGACUGAAAACUAUGGAAGUAACCUGCUUUCGCUUGUACGAUGGUGAAGAGAAUUAAAAGUGACUGGUGAUAUUGUCUGAUUAUUUCUCAGAAACCUGUUAUCAAAAUGGGCAUAACAUCGUUUAUACCAGAUACGGACGACCCUAAACUUAAAAUUGCUCUCAACUAUUUAAAUAUUGCUAUGAAAAACCAGCGCCUAAAACAUGGAAUAGGUCUUGAUGAAGAUUUAUUUUUGAAGAAUAAGAACAAUUAUACAGAAGAAUUUGGAGGGACUAAUGAAUCAGACCUAAUUAUUCCGCCCAGUGAAACUGCCAGCAAUGAUUCAUUUCAUUCUUGCCAUUCCUUUCUCAGCUUUGCUCCUACAAAACAUAACGACAGUGGUGGAACUGGCAAAGACAUUUUUCCACGGCGAACAAAGUCCCCUAAGGGUAAAGACUCCGGUCGUAAGGUCACUAUGGUAAACGCAAUUUUUCUAAGCCAUGGUACCGGAGAAGUGGUAAAAAUAGAGAGACCAACAAUGGCACUACUGAAAGAAAAAACACAGUGA